AUGAUCACUCUCACACCCUUGUCGGCCUCGGCAAACGAGUCUUCAUCGUCAGAACCCAUCUCUUACCUCCUGCAACUGGAUGAUGCCCGCAUCCUACUGGAUAUGGGGCAAAGAGACUACCGAGCAAGCGCCCAGCAAACUUCUUGGGAGUACGAGGAGAAAGUACGAGAACUCGCCCCUACGCUGUCUCUUGUCCUACUAUCGCACUCUCCAGCAAACUACUUGUCACUGUAUCCUUAUGCGCGGGCAAGAUGGGGCCUCACAUGUCCGGUAUAUGCGACCCAGCCAACCGUAGAGAUGGGACGAGUGGUUGAAGGAGAAGAAGUGUCAAGAAAGCCAUUGAAAGGUCCGCUUGUAGCCACGUCAGAAGAGAUCCACGAAGCUUUUGACUGGAUCAAGUCGGUACGAUACAACCAACCGCUACACCUGGGCGGAGACUGUUCACAUCUGCUCUUGACGCCCUUCCCAUCGGGACAUACUCUUGGUGGGAGUCUGUUCAAAAUCCGAUCUCCUACAUCUGGCACCAUUCUCUAUGCUGUCGGUAUCAAUCACACUAGUGAAAGGCAUCUGGACGCUCAAAAUGGACCCACUGGCUAUGCCGACGGCGUCCAACGCCCAGACAUUCUGAUAGUAGAAUCAGGGCGAUCCCUUAUCACCAACCCCAAGCGAAAACAACGCGAGGCGGCCCUCAUCUCCCUCAUCUCUUCCACCCUCGAAUCCAACCAUUCCCUCCUCCUCCCAGUCGACCCCUCCCCGAGACUACUCGAGCUUCUCGUACUUCUUGACCAACACUGGACGUUCAAGCGCGAGAUGGCCAUGUGGCCCUACCCUCUUUGCAUCGUCAGCCGGACCGCGCAGGACAUGAUCACUUUCGCCCGGUCGCUCAUCGAGUGGAUGGGUGGCACUGUCAAAGAUAGCGGUGACUCUGUGGUUGAGACGCGCCCCGGAAAAAAGGGUCGACCUGCCCGUGUGCAGCUUGGUUCUGAAUACGGGGCACUCGAUUUCCGUCACUUGCAAUUCUUCGCCUCUCCUGCCGACCUCCUAGCCGCCUUUCCUCUGUCCCAGCCGAAACUUGUGUUGGCGGUACCUCCCAAUAUGUCACACGGGCCUUCCAGGUUCUUGUUCACGGAGAUGGCGAAUGCCGAGGGGAAUGUGGUUUUGUUGACGGCUAGAGGCGAAGAAGGGACGCUGGGGCGAGACUUGUUUGGAAAAUGGGAAGAGAAACAGGGCGAGGGAGAGCAGUGGGGACAAGGCAAGAUUGGAAAGCUCGCCACAUUAGAUGGAACACUGCAAGUUGAGAUCGACUCCAAGGUCCCCCUUGAGGGUGCCGAACUGGAGGCCCACUUGGAAUCAGCUCGGCUGACCAAAGAAAGAGAAGCCGCCCAAAAAGCCGCUCUCGAACGCUCUUCCCGGCGAAUGCUCGAAGCCGAUGAUCUCGAAUCCGACUCUGAUGACGAAUCUGAUGACGGCGCGUUGGCUGGCGCUGAAGAGAAGGGAGAGCUUGGUGGCGCAACGGUCAAGAGAGCAGAAGGAGCGAAUGCUUUUGCCGGUGACGGAGAGGAUGUGCGAACAAUGAGUUUUGACAUUUAUGUCAAAGGUCAGCAGAUGCGUUCUGGUCGAGGCGCCGAGAUGGCGCGAUUCCGAAUGUUCCCCUUUGUCGAGCGUAAGGGUCGCAAAAUCGAUCAAUAUGGUGAGGGUCUUGACAUUGGUCAAUGGAUGCGCAAGGGUCGAGAAAUUGCGGAAGAGGGAGAGACAGAAGAAGUGAGGGAAGCGAGGAAGAGGAAAGAGGAAGAGGAAGAGAAGGCAAAGGUCCAACCGGAGGUGCCGAGCAAGUUUGUGAACCAGCUGGUGUCGGUGGACAUGAAAGCGCAGAUCGGGUUCGUGGACAUGGAUGGGUUGCAUGACGGGCAGAGUAUCAAGACCAUUGUCAAUGACCUUCAGCCGAGAAAGCUUAUUCUGGUCCGAUCAACACAAGAAGCGACCCAAAACCUCGUCACCUUCCUUCACUCCAUAUCGGGAUUCACCAAAGACAUUUUCACUCCUUCCCUUGACGAAGAGAUCAAGAUCGGUACACACGUCGCGUCUUAUUCCCUCACUCUUGGUGACAGUAUAACCUCCGCUUUGGCCAAGAAGUGGUCUGAAUUCGAAGGCUACGAAGUCACCAUGGUCGACGGCAAGAUCAUCCUCCCAGCGGGCUCCACCAUUCCCAUCCUGGAGGCCUCUCACCUGUACCAGCCCCUCCCCAAAACCGAGGAGGCCGAAGGAGACGAGGCGGCAGAGGAAGAUGUCAAACCAUCUGCUGCCGAGCUUGAGGCACCGCCCAAGGAGGCUACUCCUCCUCCCAGUGCUCCGACAGUGUCCAACCUGCCCUUGACCCUACCGACGUCUACGUUCAUUGGCGAUUUGCGUCUUGCUCGUCUAAAAUACCGUCUCUCAUUACUUGACCCGCCUAUCCCUGCAGAGUUUGCAGGAGAAGGUGUGUUGAUCUGCGGGCCUGGGGUAGUGGCAGAGGAGAAGAGGAAGGGAGGACAGGUGGUGGCUGUUAGAAAGGUCGGGGAGGGCAGGAUCGUUGUCGAAGGAAGUGUAGGAAGGAUCUAUGGGGAGGUCCGAAAGGCUGUCUACGGCGGUCUCGCCAGGGUUGACUCGGUGUAG